GAUCUGACGUCACGUAUGUGACAAAAUGGCGGCAGAUUUGGCAUUUUUGUGAAGUCUGGACUCAAUAAUUCACAGGAAAAACGACCAAAUCGAUGGAGUUUAUCAUUUUUCGAAAUGGCCGAGCCAAAAAGAUUGGAGUUUAAGACGAUUACACCAACACAAAAGCCGAAGAAGAAAUUGUCGUACCCAGCAGCAGAUCGUUUCUCGCUGACACUAACUGAUUCGACCGAGACGACUUGCCCUGAGUUUUCCUAUACCGAAUUAGUGAAAAAUGCUGUGCGUGAGAAAGAGCGUGGUGGAGGUGACCCUGACAACCCAUUCGGUGAUGACGAAGAUGCUGACAAGUUGGAAGCCAUUGCCAAGGCAUUUGAAGAGAAAUAUGGUCCAAAAGUGAAAACCAAGAAAGGUCGUCCCAGCGAUCGUCUCCGUGACUUGGUGGACCUGGGUGAUGGCUAUGAUGAGACAGAUGCCUUUAUUGACAACUCGGAGGCUUAUGAUGAGAUUGUUCCACGUUGUUUGACUACAAAACUUGGAGGAUUCUACAUCAACGCAGGAGCUCUUGAUUUCCGGUAUGCAUCCGAAGACUCCACAGAUGAUUUCCAAGGCCUCAAGAGUUCUGGCAUCAAGAAGAAGAGAAAGAUCAGGACAAUUGAAUCAGACUCUGACUCGAAUGCGGAAGUCAAGAACAAUGGUCCCAAGAAGCGUAAGCUGAAGGAGGGAGUUGAUGGGGAGAAGAAGAAGAAAAAGAGGCUGGUGAUUGGUCCAGAUGGGGAGAAGAUUGUGGUGAAGAGAGGCAGGAAACCGCUGGACAAAAAUAAACUCAAGAAAAAGACUUCCCCAACUGUGUCGGAGCUGCUGAAACAGCAGACUGCCUCCAUUUCCACUCCAACUCACGCUGUGAAUGGUGGGGGUGGAGGUGGAGGUGAUGGCAGCCGUCCAGCGGAGGAGGGCUACAAUCCUUACGAUGGCAUUGGCAGCACUAUUGAGAUGCUGCUGAAGGAAGACUCGGAGAGCAGGGAAGGAGAUGAUGACAAGAAGCCUGAGACUAUUGUCCCACUACCUCAGGGGCUCUCGGAUAACCUUGUGCAGACCAUCAACAGCCUUAGGAAGUCUGCCAAGGAGUCCAGAGAAGGAAAGUGUAAAUUUUUCUCACCGAACGUGAACAGGAUGUUGUUAGACGUUGAGGUACAAUCCCGUCAGCUGACGUGCGGGAACCGGUCCACCAUCUUUGCCCAUCUUUCCUGUUUCCUGCCAUGUGGGAAGGAGACACUGUUGAAACGGGCCAAGAAACUUCGUCAGUCACAGCAAGAUGAUCUUCUCCGUGACCCACUCAACAAAUUGAAAGAAGCUGUAAACAGCAUGAUGCCGACACUGUUGGAGAAAUAUGAUGCAGAGAACCAGCUUGCCGUUCUUAUGAGAAUGGAAAACAAGGAGAAGGAUACAGACCAGAAAGAGCCAAAGGAGGAAGGAUCGACAGAAAGUGAUGAGGAAGAACAAAGAGGUCCAGAUGGAGAGAAGAAGAAGAGGAUAAUGGGACCUCGUAAAAAGUUUGAAUGGACAGACCAUGUCAGGAAUCUGCUUUGUGAGGUUGUAAAGGUCAAGAUGAAGACAUUUGCUGCUGCUAAGCAGAGAGGGCAGACUGCAGAAGAAUAUAUACGAUUCUUCCUCGGCGCUGACGUACUUCCGAUAUGGCCAAAAGGCUGGAUGCAGACCCGAAUGCUGUAUAAAGAAAGCAGAGCUGCUCAUGCCUUAUGGACAAAUCCUCAGAAACCAAGGAAAUCCCUUCAAAACACCAACAAGACUGCGUCUCCAACCCCUACCUCUGUGCCCUUUGGGGCCCGAAGCAAUAACAACAGCAUCAUCGAGAUAUUUGAUUCCGUUGACAAUGAUGCCUUCAAAGAGGGAUCAGGUUCUGACAAGGAAACAGGCACCUUGCGACUCGAAGACUAUAUGGACAUUACAGACGUGGACAACAUGUUGUCUGAAAUCAGUAAAACUGAUAAUGACUCUAGUAUGCCCACUAUUCUGGAUUAUGCAGACAAAAUGAACACAAGUGCUACAGGUUUUACCCCAGACGUUAAGAAAAAUACUGGGGCUGUGGAUAGUCCACAAGGGAGGCCACAUUCCACAGGCCAGACUAUGGCUAGUGUGCAGAAAAGUCGUGAUGUGAAACACGGACUGGUAACUGAGAUGUUGCAAAGUCCUCUUCCAUCAACACCUAAUACUGCUAAGUUAUCAACACCCAACCUUUUAUCACCACAAACUGAAACUGUUACCCAGAAAAGUGCUUAUAUGGCUGAAUUUGAGAAACAUUUAAUGGCAACCACAACAUUGAAAGAAUCACCUCCAAAACCUCAGGGCUCCCCUAAUGAGCAAUCUGCUUCGUCUAAACUGCAGUCAAUGCUGGCACAAGCACAAGCCAGUAGUGGCCAACAUGUGAAACAGAACCUUGCGACUCCUAAAACCUCACACAUUGGCAGUGCCCAGCAUGACCAAGGUCUCCAAGACAUUCAGAAAAAAUUGGCUUCAUCCCCUCAGGCUCAUAACAGACUCUCCUUGGGACAGAACACUGGCUCCAAACCACUUCAGACCUCUCAUAAGACAUCUAGCCCACUGAGUCAGAAAAUGCAGGGCUCAACCUCUCAAACUCUUCAUAACCCUCACUCUUCCCUACCACACAAACUGUCACUAUCUCAAGGAACGAAAUCAUUGUCUGCUCAACCUCAGAAAGCACCAUCUGUUCAACAGCAGAAAACACCAUUGUUCCAGCAACAGAAAGCACCAUCACUCCAACAACAGAAAGCACCAUCACUCCAACAACAGAAAGCACCAUCACUCCAACAACAGAAAGCACCAUCACUCCAACAACAGAAAGCACCAUCACUCCAACAACAGAAAGCACCAUCACUCCAACAACAGAAAGCACCAUCACUCCAGCAACAGAAAGCACCAUCACUCCAGCAACAGAAAGCACCAUCACUACAGCAGCAGAAAACACCAUCAACCCAACCACAGGUUGCUGGUCUCCACAAGAAACAAUAUACUUCAGAAACAAGGCAAAAGGUGGAGUCAUCUGCUCCCAAGGACCUGGUUGUGCCAAGCUCUUUGUCCACUGCUUCCAUAGACCAGGAGGCAGUGAAGCAGCUGCAUCAGCAGCUUCUGCAGUUAGCCAAUGCUCAGUACAAACCUCCAAGCAAGUCCGUCAGCAGCAGCAAGGCAGGGCAGGAUUCCGUUGUGGGACAGUUGUUUAAACAGCCACUUCCCGCAAAUAUGGCAGCUCAACAAAGGCAGAUGCAACCUGGGAAGACCUCAGUCACGUCUGCCUUAAAAAUAGACACUCAGAGCUCAAUGGGAGCAUCACCACAAAGACAUUCCCCACAGGAUCAGUUGAGAAUGUCCCCUCAAGGUCAGAGACAUGUGAGUCCAAGUCAGAAGCAGACAUCAUCUGUGCAUAUGUCUGGAGGAUCUCUUCAUUCCCCUACCAGCAGUAGGAAAUCUCCAGGUGAAGUGUCAGGUAAGGUUCCAGCUGGUAUGGGUAACCAGCUCUCCCCAAACCAGGCACGGGCUAUGCUCAGUAUGCAGAACCCAAGUGACAGUCUAGCUCAUGCUAAAAGAAGUGCUAUUGCUAAUGACGCCUUAUCUAGGAAAAAAAAUGUAGAGAAAUCAAUACUAGAGAAAGUGAUCGAAGAUUAUACAAUGGAGAUGAAAGUGAAAGAGCAGCAGCAGCAGCAGCAGUUUACUGGCUCAGGGCAGCUGCAGGUGACUGCUCCUGCCCUCAGUCCAUCUCAGGGAUCCUUGCCUCGAACAAUGUGGCAGCAGACUACAGGCAGCUCCCCAACAUCCACUGGCACCAGUCGCAUGUCGGCAUUCAGCCCUCCCUCAGGAACCAACAAACCAACCAAAUCUGUGUCUCCAAUGGUUAUGCCAUAUAUGCAGCAGCGGAGCAGGCCUCAGGACUUGAUAACAGGCAACCGUGUUUCUGCACCCCAGCCUGCUCAUAGCUCAAUGUCCCCAAAUGCUACUGCCAUCAACACAUUUCCCAGUCAUUCCCAGCCACCAGCAGCUCAUUCCACACUGCCCGGUAACCAGCACCAGAUGACGGGGUUACCUCCCCCUCUCGGCAGCCCACACCUCUUCCUGUCGUCUGCCACGCCCACAACCACAGUCGCUGCCAUGUAUGGUAGGACACUGCCAGAUCCUUCACACUCUCCAAACAGAUACUGAAGACUGGGACACAGCAGCUGAUAUACCAGGGAUGUGAUGCACACUGUAAAUAACCCCACUGACAGUGUAGGGUAUCUUCGUCUGUCAAUACUACUGUCUGAGAUAGGACAUUACUGAGAUUGCACUUCAGUACUGCCAGCUAUAGUGAUAUCAUUUCCUACCUGUUCAUACAAUCACUCAGUGAGACAUUACAUUUCCAUAUGUGCUGUUCAUGCCAUCUAAUGCAGGCAGUAUUUAUAUGCUGUUGCAACUAAGCUAUAUUGUAUCUCUCAAGUAAGGCCAGUUUUGUUUCUUGCCGGUCAUAUUUUUUCGAGAAUAAGAAGAAAAAAAAGAAAAUAUUUCCUCGCUCAAAAAAUAAAAUCCUAAUGUUG